AUGGACAGUAUUGAUGAUUGGGUGGAGCGCAGUAUCAGUGAAUGGAAGACCACCUUCAAUGAACGUAUCGCCAGAGCUCGUUGUAGAAAAUUGAUUGAGGAAAUCGUGACAUAUAUCCGUGACCGUGUUCGCCCUGUGGGACAAAUUGAUACACUUAAUCGGGAAAUUAGAAAUCUCAAGCGAGAAGUUCAUGGACUUAAUCAGCGAAACAGAUCUCUCAAAAUGGAGUUGGAACAACUCAGGGAACAGGUGUCCGGGUACCAGAAUCAGCAGAGAACAUUAGAGGUGGAAAAUAAUGUAUUGGCAGAGCGACUACAACAGACUCAGCAAAGCAACUCCAACAGAAGGCUACGCUCCCAUGCACCCUGA